UUUCAUUGUCAGUGAUCAUUUUUGAAAGCGUUCAGUGUUAUUUUUCAUUUAACAUCUGGUAUUUGUAAGCAUGAAACUUAUUAGAUUGACAUAUGUGGUCAAAAAAGUUCAGGGCAUCAUAGAAUUCAUUUUGAAAUUGAUUGGUUUUCAAACUUACAACCUGUGGAAUGUGCCUUUAGGUGGAAAUCACAGGGCAAUAAAAAUAAAUUCCGUAAAAGUACCUUUAAUAUAAACAUCUUUCAUUUAACAUUCUGAAUUCUGAAAAAUAAUGCUGAUUGUUUAAAAUUUUGAUAGAAACGGGAACACAUUUUAAAGUCACCAGCCAAAAUAUUCUUGAACUAGAAUUUGUCACUGGUAGAUGAAAAACUGAGUACAGAAUGAAAUUUUUAUUCACUUUUCCAAGUCUUCCUAUAGUAUAUUUUUAGCAUUUUUGGUCACUAAGUACUAUCUGUAGUAUAAUUAAGUAUGUUUUCUAUCAGCUAUUCCUGAGCAAACUUGUUAUUUGUGGAAUUGGCACUCAAAAUUAAAAGUAGAAGAAAGAAAGAAGAAAAACCUGAUCAGGCAUCUUGUAACAGAAAAACAUUGUUGUUUCCAAAUACCAAAUACCUCUGUGGUUUAAAUAAAUAAUGCUGGGGUAUAACAACAAUCCAAGCAUCAGAACAUAAUUUCUAUUCUGGAGUGAUGUUUUUAUAUGACAAUUUAGAAUAAGCUUACUACAUAUUUUGUCUUAGUCACUAGGUACUAUUUCAGUUGGUAAAUAGAUAAAUUGGCAUGUGUCUUUAAUUCCAUAAAUAAUGUGAGUCAAACCGUAAAAACACAAAAUAGUUUUAGUUCAACUUAAUUGUUAUUAAGUUUAUUUUGAAAUAGUCCACAUCCCCAAAAUAUUGCUCUUGAUAUACACACCUUUUAAAAAUCAAUAUUCAGUCUCUCCCAAAAGUCCUGUAUUAUGAUCUGAACAAAAGCAUCCCAGUUUGCUUAGGUAAGAGUCUUCUGUUGUUUGUGUUCAUCGUGAGUAUGCAGCAUAUGCAUAUGGAUCAAAACAACUGAUUUAAAUAAGAAUAAAAGUCCUGGUACCCGGUAUUGUAUAUAUCCAUUAUCCUUAAAUGAUCCCGGGUUGUGGAGGUUAUAAACCAGCAGACAAAGAACUGUCAGUUCAUUUGAUAGUAGUCUUGCAUUUGACUAUAUGGGCUAUAGGAGAGUGUUAGAAUAACAGUGGAAAAAAAGAUAAGAAAAGACCGUAUAAUUUUUAUGCCAAAAUGUUGGGAGCCAAAUCAUCGGGUAAAAGGUACAAACAUGUGAAAAUAUUGAACCCUCUUGAGGUGGAAGAUAUUCUUGAGGUAAAAGCCACAAAAAUAGAUGAUUUAAGACUGGAAACAAAAGAUGGGAAGCCAAAGGUAACCAGUAUUCACAAAGCUAUCAAUUCUAAUGAAGUACCAGUGAAGGAGAAGCAUGCCAGAACUAUUGUUCUUGGCACAUACCAUGAGAAAGGAGCAGGGAUGUACUGGGGGACAGUGAACAAGCUGCCACUACAAGGAAAUCAUAUAAUAUGUUGGAAAUUCUGUCAUAUUCUCCAUAAAAUAUUGAGAGAUGGACAUAAGAUGGCAAUUGUUGAUUCCUUGAAGUACAUGACUCACUUGACAGAUCUGGGAAAACUGUGGGGCCAUUUAAAAGAAGGCUAUGGUAAAUUGAUUGGUGCCUAUACCAAACUGCUGGUGCAAAAAUUGGCAUUCCACAAAAAGAACCCUAACAUUCCAGGGAAUUUGGUGCUUACAGAUCAGCAGCUAGAUGAGAUGGCUGGAAGAGAUCCAAAUGGAUAUUUUGAGCUGAGUGUGGACAUGCUAGAUUACAUGGAUGAGAUUCUGAGUCUGCAAGCUGCAGUGUUUAAUUCCCUGGACAUGUCUCGUUCCAACUCAAUGACCAACACUGGCCAGUGUCGCCUGGCACCUCUGAUCCAGUGUAUACAGGACUCCUGUGCUCUGUAUGACUAUAUAGUAAAACUGCUAUUCAAGCUCCAUGCAGUGAUCCCUCCAGAUACACUUAGUGGACACCGGUCAAGAUUUCUAAAGCAGUAUGGUCUGCUGAAGACCUUUUACCUAAGCUCUGGAAACCUGCAAUAUUUCAAGACACUUAUACAGGUACCAGUGCUACCUGAGAAUCCUCCCAACUUCCUCAUUGCCUCAGACUUAGCAAGUCAUGUGACACCAAAAGUAGUUCUUCCCCCAGAGCCAGAGAUAGAGACUCCAGAGGUGGAGACAGUGACAGCAGACCUGGUGGACACCACUGUACAACAGUCGGAUAAAUUUGAUGAAGUGUUUGGCACUAACCUUGGUGAUUUCAACUUCUCUGGUCAGAAUGGGACACCUUCUCCUCCAGUUCCUGAUGAGAGGGAUCAGUUAAUACAGCAGUUGAUGGCAGAGAUUGAAAGGCUAAAACAAGAAAAUGCUCGGUUAAAAGAAAGGGCGGAAGAAGCUAUUGGUAUUCUGAAGCAACGUAUAGCUGAUCUAGAAGAGCGUUUGGAAGAAAUGAAAAAACAGGCACAGGAAGCUGAGCAAGAAAAGGAAAACUUGAAAUCCCAGUUAGAAGCCUCUGCCAAAGAUACAGCAGCAGUUGCCAAGUUAGAAGAAAUGGAAAAGCAUGCCAAAGCUAGUGAUGAGAAAUUUAAAAAAAUGAAAGACAUAUAUGGAAAACUGCGAGAGGAGCAUGUCACACUGAUUAGAUCAUUUGCUGAAGUUGAAAAACAAGUAAAAGCUGACAAAACAGUCAUUGAAGAAAAAGAACAAACAAGAAAGGCAUUAGAGCAGGAGUUAGAGCAAGUGAAAAUGGAACAGCAGGUGUUUUCCGAGAGUCUUCAGAAAAGUGCUGAUGAUGUGUCCUCUCAGCUGGCAGCCACUGCUGCACUCAAUACAAAGUUGGAGCAGGAGAAACAAUCUCUGGAGGAACAAAUGGAGUCCCUGGAUAAAACCAAGUCUAGUUUAGAGUCGUCACUCAGUCAGCUUCAGUCAGAUCUUGCAUCAUUACAAGAACAAUUGGACCAAGCUAAAGCAGACAAAGAAACAACACAAAAUCAGCACAAAAUAACCUUAGGGGACAUGGAACAGAAAAUGUUAGAUCGUGCCAUAACUGAGGGAGAAGCCAUACUUCAGGAUGCCAUUGACCAGUUUGACAGCUCUGCCCACAACUCUGUGAUGGGAACUGCAGAGUACCUCUUGAGUCGAGCUGAACCAGUUCUUCCCUUACUAGCAGAAUUCAAGCAAAGCAUCAAGGGAUAUGGAGCUGAUAAAGCUUUAUUAGACAAACUAAUCCACGGCAUCCUAACUUGCUCCCAUGGUCUUGGGGAGACCAUUGUACAGGGAAAGUCAACAUCAAAUUCUGCAUCAAAUGUGGAACAGGGGGAUGAAUUGAUAAAUGCCUGUCGGGGAGCUGGAGAGGAAGGUCUACAAGUGUUAGAAUUGUUAAAGAAAGGUGCCUUAGAUGAUGCUAGUUCUCAGCUGGACAAGGUGACAGAGUCGGUACAGAAGAUCAUGCAACUGGGAGAGACUCUGCUUCCUAAGGUAGAGGAUGUGAAGACAGAAGAUAUUGGAGACUUGGUGGACCAGGAGAUGCAGUCAACAGCAGAUGCUAUAGAACAGGCUACAAAGAAAUUCCAGGAAAUUCUGGAACAGUCUCGAAAGACUCAUUCUGGAAUCCAGCUAGAAGUGAAUGAGAAGAUGUUGGAUUCUUGUACUUCCUUGAUUAUGGCAAUCAAAAUAUUAGUGGAAAAAGCCAAAGACUUACAAAGAGAGAUUGUUUCACAAGGGCGGGGCACCUCAUCAGCAAAAGAAUUUUACAAGAAGCACCACAGAUGGACAGAGGGCCUCAUAUCAGCUGCAAAGGCAGUGGGCUGGGGUGCCAAUGUUUUAGUGGAAGGGGCUGAUAAAGUAGUCCGUGGUGAAGGCAAAUUUGAGGAGCUGAUGGUGUGUUCCCAAGAGAUAGCUGCUAGCACAGCCCAGCUGGUUGUAGCCUCUAAGGUGAAGGCAGAGAGGGGCAGCCAGGCUUUGGCCCAGAUGUCCCAUGCUGCCAAGGGGGUCAGUGAGGCCACAGGGAACGUGGUGGCUACUGCCAAGAACGCUGCUGCCAUGGUGGAAGAACAAGACACCUUAGACUUCUCCAAGAUCACAUUGCACCAGGCCAAGAGACUGGAGAUGGACUCUCAGGUGCGGGUCCUGGAGCUAGAAAGCCUACUGGAAAAGGAGAGAGUUAAGCUGAGUGAGCUACGUAAGAAACAUUACCAACUGGCUGGAGAAAGUGAGCAGGCAGAGGAAGCCAAGGCUUCUGGAGACCACUAAUACCAUGCCAUGCUGACCUGGUCAGGAUGAACACCAGGAGGCACUAAUAUCCAGGUGGAGGAAACCAGUGAUGUAGGCAAUUCCACACCAAAAUUUUCAUCUCCAUACAGCUCUCAUCUUUCAGAAAGAAAUGACGCUGCCAUUUUUAGAAAAUCCAUUGAAACAGGAGAAUUAUUGGGAUACAUGUACAUUUUGGUAUAUUUUACUCAGUUCUUCAUUGUGAACUUUUAAGUUGUAGGGACCUUUAUUAAAAAAAACAUCGGUUUUGUCACAUUUUCUUGUGGUCGGUAAAACAGGACUGAGGAACAUACAAGUUCAUCCUGCAUUUAGGAGGUCAUAUGUAGUUAAAUCUAAAUAUAUUGUUUAAUAUCUUAAAGUCUUAAAAACAGCAUUUUAAAACUUAAGAACAACUGAUCCUUCAUAUUUUGAAAAAAAAAAAAGAAAUGAUAAUAAUUGCAAUUCGGUGUUGAUACAAUGUCCAUCAUUGAUGUGCACAGCAUGUGAACAUGAAUAUAUUAUUUUAUAGUCAACUGUGAUUUUCAGAGAAAUGUGUAUAUGUUCUCAUUCAGGCUUGCCAGUGCACAGUGUAUGCUUAUAUGUACAAUAUGAAAUAUGGCCAUGUAAUUACAUGUAUGUAGGUGCACAGUAUAUAUUUUUAUGUCACGGAAUAAUAAUAGUUCAUUUUAAACAAGUGUCAAUUUAUGUGUUCAUUAUGGGUUUGAUAAUAUAGGACAGUGUUAGGGUAUCAGGUAAAUACCAGUCUUAUUAUCAAUAAGCUGGCAUUGUGUUAGAACAUUCUGAGUGGUAAUCCCAAAUAUUUUCCCAGGGAAAACUGCAAAAGUUUUAGGAGGAACAUAUUGUUCCCAGCAGCACAUGAGUUUUUAAGGCUAGGAACAUGUUUUUGUGCAUCGGUAUCAUUGCUGUGUAUAGGCCAACAUGAUAACUACAUUAUACUGUUUGAAAGGUUAAACACUUGUGUAUUCAUGUGAUAUUUAUAUUCCCUAGAAUUACUUGAAAAGGAACAUGUAAACUCUGUUUGUAUCAGACUGCAAAAGGAACUUCAUGUUUCGACUUCUUCAAUACUUAAUGUGCAAUAGCAAUAUCUACUUUACAUGAAAUACUCUCAAGAGUCACUUAUGUAGUUAUGCUGCUUAUGUUCAAGACAAUGGCUAAUAGUAGUGUUUGGCACUCCUAUGUCACUUCAAUAUUUACCAAUCUGAAUAUUUUAUACAACUUGUGGCAAAAAGAGGCGCACUCAGAUUUGGUAUAUGUGUUUUAAUUCUUGUUUUAAGCCUUGUGUUUUGGCAAAGUCGGUUAGCAUAUGAGGGUCACAAGUGAGUUAUGCUAAAAUAUGCAUCAGAAGUUCAAUAAUAAAAUAUUACUACCCUCUCCCAUUAAAACAGUUUCCAGGUCAUUGGAUAUGGUCAGUCUGUGUGUUCCUUCAUUCAUUUAAAGCUUUUCAUUGAAAGUUUUGAAGAAAAAAGUAGUGGAAUCAUGUUGAAUGUUUGCCUAGUUAGGAAAUUCACAGAGGUGAUAAGGUUAAUAUGUUUUAGAAAUUCAUUUUCAAAAUCGAAGUAUUUGAUAUAUUGGGCUGUGUAGCAGCUUGACAGUUUGAUAGAAAUGAUGUUUACAUAUUAUUUUAUAAAAGUCGUGCAUAAUCAUAAUUUCUUGAUGAAAGACCUUAACGAAGGUGGAAAUUUUCUUUUAAAAUUUUGCUUGCACAUGUUUGUUUACUUCCAUUUUAAUUGUGAAUCUGUCUGUAAAGAGUAAUUGAAAUACAAACGUGUUAUCAUAUACGCAUUCAAAAGGGGCUUCGUUGUCUUUUGAAAUGGAUGAUUUUAGGGGUUUUAUCACAUUUCCAUACAUUAAACAUAUUUUAAUUUACUGGAAAGAACGGUUAUAUACCUAUGUAAAAUUGUGAAAAUGUGUAAAAUAAAUGUGGAAAUAGA